AUGGAUAAAAACGCAUUUCUGCACAGGCGGAAGGAAAGAAAAGAAGUUUUCCUUUACAUCGCUGGAGUAUCAUUAGUCUUUUACUGUUCAGUCAUCUUAAUAUUCAAAGUUGCUGACACUUCUCGAGAGCUCAAUCCUCCACGAACACGCCGGGAUGUGGAAAAUGAAACACAGUGCGUAUCCCCACCAUCCUCGGAAUUUCCCGAAGGUUUUUUCACUGAGCAAGAGAGGAAGGACGGCGGAAUUAUUAUAUAUUUUAUGAUUAUUUUUUACAUGUUGCUGGCAGUAUCGAUUGUAUGCGAUGAUUACUUCUUACCGUCUCUAGAAGUUAUCAGUGAGCGUCUUGGGCUUUCUCAAGACGUUGCUGGUGCGACGUUUAUGGCAGCCGGCAGCUCCGCCCCAGAGCUGGUAACAGCCUUUUUAGGUGUUUUUGUCACAAAGGGAGACAUUGGGAUCAGCACAAUAGUCGGAUCUGCAGUUUACAAUCUCCUAGGUAUUUGUGCAGCCUGUGGACUCCUGACCUCGAUGGUUGGACGGCUCACCUGUUGGCCUUUGUUCAGAGACUGUAUUGCGUAUGCAAUAAGCAUUGCAGCUGUAAUUGCCAUCAUCUCUGAUAACAAGGUGUACUGGUACGAUGCAGCAUGCUUGUUACUGGUGUACGGAGCAUACAUUGUGGUGCUGUGCUUCGACAUUCGAAUCAAUGAGUACAUGAUGCGCAAGUUCAGCCCCUGUUGCGUCUGCCUGACCAAAGCCAUGGAGGACAGGAGUGAGCAGCAGCCCCUGAUUGGCUGGAGUGACCACAGCAGCCCACUGGUCCACCAGCGGUCCCGGACCGACAGUGGAAUCUUUCAGGAUGAUUCUGGCUACUCCCACCUCUCCCUCAGCCUGCAUGGGCUCAAUGAGAUUUCAGAAGAACGGAGGAGUGUCUUUGCGAUGCCCGACAAUGACCUGAGGAGAAUUUUGUGGGUGCUGUCACUGCCCCUCAUCCUGCUGCUAUAUCUGACCAUUCCAGACUGCCGCAAACGCUUCUGGAAGAGAUGUUUCAUGCUCACCUUCCUCAUGUCUGCCCUGUGGAUCUCUGCAUUCACCUAUGUACUUGUGUGGAUGGUCACAGUAGUGGGAGAGACUCUGGGAGUUCCAGACACGGUGAUGGGCCUCACACUAUUAGCUGCUGGCACAAGCAUUCCUGACACGGUCGCCAGCGUUAUGGUUGCCAGAGAAGGGAAAGGAGACAUGGCAAUGUCCAACAUCGUGGGGUCCAACGUGUUUGACAUGCUGUGCCUGGGGCUGCCAUGGUUUAUCAAGACCGUUUUCGUAGACAUAUCCUCACCUGUGGAGGUCAACAGCACAGGGCUCAUUUACACAGCUUGCACCCUCCUCCUCUCCAUCGCAUUCCUCUUCGCUGCUGUGCACAUCAACGGCUGGAAGCUAGACUGGAAGCUUGGCCUCACCUCCCUGGUCCUCUAUAUCCUCUUUGCCACCCUGUCCAUCCUGUAUGAAUUGGGAAUCAUCGGCAAUAUCCGCGUAACAGCCUGCCAGGACUAACCAGGAAACCAGCAGCCGCUGGCGGGCCGGUAGGGGUAGGGCUCAGCCUACUUCAGGAAAUACUGGACAGGUCAAUGGUGCAACUGCAUUCCUCCUUAUCUCCUUCCUCUCCAAGCUGAUAACUGUUUAUAAUCAGUCCUCCUUCAAGAGGAAGACAGAGGAUGAAGA